AUGGGAACUGAAUCCGAGGUAGAAAUAUUUGAGGCUGUAAGAGAAGUAGAGGAGGCCGCAAAGGUGUCGCAGAAAAAAGCUAAGUCUACCGCAAGGAAAACCAAGUCUACCGCAGAUAAGUCGCAAACUGAACACAAAAGGGACAAACUUAUAGAGCUAUUGAGGGACGGUAUAAUAGAGAAGCCCGCAAGUUUUAUAAGAAAGUCAAACAAGGAUGUUGUAGAUAGACUGUACCAUGAGUAUGAAAGUCAGAGGAUGUCAUGUGCAAGCGACUUUCUAUCAACACUUAUUAUCUCAAAGUUUGCUGCGGUACUAGGAAGUUUCGGUGCAGUGGAAUCUUCAGACAAACUGUCAGAGGAACUACUUAGUGACAAGCUUCUGAAGGACGACGUAGCAUAUCUAACCAGGACGAUAUCCCCCAGGCUCAUAUCCGGUGGCUGUACAACAGCUAAACAUGUAGUUGCCCAUAAGUGGAAUAAGAAGGAGGAACCUGAGGAAGUGUCCGAGGAAACUAAACAUCUUCUAUUACAUACAGAAUGCUACGACUUGGAGGGCCCUACGACUGGGGAAAUCCCCGGGAAGGAACAGAAUUUGAAGACAUAA